GACCGUGCCCAGCCCUGGUGUCAGAUCACUGGCUGUUUCACAGGGGGACAGCAGUGAAACUCCUGCUCCUGGUCUCCCUUGACCACGUGGCCAUACAGCUGCCCCAGGCCCUGAGCGGGCCCUCCUGGCCCUGGCCUCACCGGGCACUCUGCCGCCCAGUGAGCUGCCCACAGCACCAGAAGGGCAGGGAGCGAGCUGCAAAGCCAAGGCCGCAUCUGUGAGAAAGAAGGACCUGGCAAUGACUGGCAGUGACACGAGUCCCCAGUUCCCAGUGAGACACCGACCUUCCGGUGUGUCUUUUCCGUUAUUUCACAAGCUGCCACACCCCCUGGGGCCUCCAGGACAAAAGGCUUUCCUCCUCUGAGCAGACACUGGCUCUCUCGAGUCGCUGCCAUGGAGGAGAUCGUGGCUGAUAAUCUGCUCCACUCCCUGCAAGAGCUGCUCCCUAAUGAAUUUGAGGUGUUCAAGCUUAAACUGCAAAGCACCCACCUGGAGAACGAGCCGCCCCGGAUCAGUCGGAGUCAGCUGCAUGACGCCACGCCCGUGCAAGUGACCGGCCUGCUGCUGUGGCACUACGGGCAGAUCCCUGCCGUGCUGCUGACCCUGAAAAUCCUCAAGAAAAUGAACCUGGAACAGCUGAUCCAGAAGCUGAUGAGCGCCCUCGUUCCAGAGAGUCUGUCGAGCCAGCAGCCGGAGCCCAGCCUGACCCAGACUAAUUGGGGUCCAGCGGGCGCCAAGCAGGGCCGCCCGAUCCGCAGGAUCGCCAGCUCGGCCGGGAGACUGCAGAACCUCGGCGGGUCCGUGCGGCUGCGAGAGGGCCUGCGGAGCUCAGGCAAGGAGCGCCCUAAGAGCCUGGAGUCCAGCAUCCCUUGCGGGGACAAGGAGCUCGCCCACUGGUUUGCGCUUCUGGCCCAGGAGAAACGGGAAAGUGAGAGUCUGGACUUGGCGGUUGCUCCCGGACGCGGGGUCGCCCAGCGGGGCCCCGAGCCUCUGCGCAAAGGCUCCAGGCACCCCGGACACUCCAAGGGGCCCGAGGGAGCCGCAGUCCGCAACGCACCUCCCAGGAUUUCCCCUCCCAAAGAGAAGCCCAGCAGCGCCCCUGCAGGGAAAAGUGGAAUGACCGGUCCGGUGGCCCUUGGUGUGGGGGUUUCUCCAUCUUCAGGAAUGCCACAGGAAAGGGUGGUGUGUCCCCUCUGCCGCACCCAGGAAGAAGGCCUGAGUGCACAUGAAGCUGGCGGCUGCUCCCAGUGCCAGGCUUCGCUCCUGGGGAAGAGGGGGCAGGGCCAUGAGCCGCAGGAGAACCCAAAGAUGACCAGCCUGAGCCCCAAGACGCUGCCACCAUGUGAGCGCCACCGGAGACAGGCCCAGCUGCGGCUCUGUGAGGCCCACAGGGAGCCCAUCUGUCUCAUCUGCAGCCUGAGUCUGGGCCACCAGGGCCACCGCAUCUGCCCCACUGAUGAGGCGGCCCAGGGGUACAAGGAGCAAAUUCAGAAGCAGCUGGAGCAUCUGAAGGCGCUGAGAAAAUUCGGAGAGGAGCAGAGAUCCCAAGGGGAUAAGAAGGCAGUAAGCUUCCUGAAGUCCACGGAAGUCCAGAAGCAGAAACUGCGGUGCCAGCUGGAGGGGCUGUGCCAGUUCCUGGAGCAGCAGGAGCAGCUCUUUGUGGCCUGGCUGAAGAAUCUGGCCCAGAACAUCGAGCAGCUCCGGGGCGCCUACAGCACCCUCGCGGCCAAGGGCGCCCUUCUGGAGGAGCAGGCUGGGGAGCUGGAGGCCGCGCAGUGCCAACCCGCGUGGGAACUCACGCAGGACAUCGGAGGCCCGCUGCACAGGGCCCAGAGUCUGCCUGUCCCCGAGCUGCGGGCCACCCCUCCGGACAUGAAAGAAAAGCUCCACCAGAAAUCCGAGCUCAUGGAGAGGACAAUGAAGCAGUUCUCAGGUGACAUGACUCUGGACGUAGAAAAGGCCCUUCUCAAGCUCACCCUCUCAGAUGACCUCAGGAGCGUGAGGGGGGCCCUUCUGCCCGCCCGCACGGAAAGGGCAGAUGCCUGCAUCAUCACCCUGUGCUCCCCCACCUCCUCCAGCUGCCACUACUGGGAGGUGGGAGGUGGGCGACAAGGCCAGGCGGGUGUGAAGGUUCUGCCAGGCCUCCACAAGCUGGAACGCUAGCCCGGCAUCCCCAGAGCACGACCCCCUUCAGGUGUUGGUGAGGAGGCGAGAGGGGCGUCAGCACCCCCACCUGUGAAGGAGGGGCGCAGGUGCGGGCAUCUCUCUGGACUACACGGCUUUUCCUUUCCCAACUUGGCCUGCCAAUCCCGUAUCGACACACUCGCCGGCUUCUCUUCCUCUGAGCGCCUUCAACCUGUCUUCGGCCCCAAUUCAUCCGGUGGAGACAAGAACACGGACCCUCGGGGCCGGAGCGAUAGCACAGCGGGUAGGGCGUUUGCCUUGCACGCGGCCGACCCGGGUUCGAUCCCCGGCAUCCCAUAUGGUCCUCCAAGCACUGCCAGGAGUAAUUUCUGAGUGCAAAGCCAGGAGUAACCCCUGAGCAUCGCUGGGUGUGACCCAAAAAGCAAAAAAAAAAAAAACAGAACACGGACCCUCUGAGCAUCUGUCCAGUCGGUGGCCAGGGACCCCACUGAAUACUGCAGGCUCCGUGCUCUUGCCAUGAUUGAGCUCCGCUGGGGGGUGGGAGGAGCUGCAGAAGCGGCCACUCCAGCGACCGAGGCGAGCGACCAAGGGGAGAAGAGCUUGAUUCGAGAGACAGCGUGUGAUGGAGGCCUCGGAAACGCUCAUGAGAAUCAACAACGUCGGUGCUUCGGAGGUGGGGCCAUCCCGGCUUCCCUCAGACCCCACCCCCAGAUGGACCCCUCAGGCUCCCCUUUCUGGUGCUUUCGAACCUGGAUUAAUGAACUGCGGCUCCAGGACGUACUGGCUGGUGCACUGGCUGGUGCUCUUGCAGGAGCCAUUGAGAAAAUGCACCGAGACUCGGCACUGGCUGGGAGACCCCAUUUCCCCACUACCCCACUGCCGGACGUAUUUCAGUGAGACUAUUCUGCCUUCAUCUGUCUACAGGCUGGCCUGUGGAAUAUCAGGUGCUCUCGCUCACACACUAUUUAGAGAGAUCUUCAGAGAAAGUGUUAGGGGAAGGUUCUGGAUCUCUGACCGCAGACAAGGACCACACGGGAAUGCAAUUAGCAAGUGCGUAGUUUAUUAUUAUUAAGCUGGCUAGCCAGGGUUGUACGUACUCGUACUCACACAGUGACACGCAGGCCCCAUGUGCGAGGCAAGGCCCCGAGCUUCUUCAGAGGAGAUCUUAUAUUGGCCUUCACCAGCCGUUACAGCAGAGCCCGCGUGUUUCAUAGCCAAUAAAUUUGUAAUGAUACAUAUUUUCCUAACCAAUCCAUUUAGAAGGCUAUCACUCCUUAGCCUAUAGUUUUAGAGAUCAGCAUUUGCGUCAAUGUUCAGGAAUGUCCUGGGUUUUAGGGCAGCCAUGGGUCUAGUGGCAUGGGUUUUGUAAAAAGGCAUCUAAGAGGCAUCUGGUUAUCUGAUCUGACUUGCAACCUGGGGCGCCUGUAUCCGAGUUCCUUGCUCAGGGGCAGAAAAACAAAUUAUUCUGCAAUUCGGGCUCCUGUAAAAAGAAUCUUAAGAAAGCUAAACUAAUUCCUAUGGUCUGUUCUGGGCCAAUUCUUCAAUAAAGGAAGACAAGAAAACUCGAUUGAAGAUUAAACCCCAAGACCCCCCACCCAACUCCUCUUCCCAUUUUCACUAGCGCCAAAAGUCAAAUUCUCCAAGGUUAUAACCAGAAAUACAAGUCGUGUUUUCUUUA